AUCUUUGGCAAAAGUGGAUGUACGAAUUCAUCGAUCAAGGGCCUUCGGAGGAUUCACGAAGACGACGCAACGGGACAAUUCCAAGUCCCAAAAACGCGUUCAUGAUAUAUCGGAAAGAUUUAAGCGCGAAACUAAGACGCACGCACCUGGGAUAACGGUUGGACUUGCCGGCAACAUCAAUCUUAAAGCGUUUUACAAUUCUUGA